AGCUGCACUCAUUAGAAUCUUUGUCGUCUACAAUCGGAGCGGGGGAGAGAGCGGAGACUUCUACUUUUGAAUUCCAGAGAGAAGCUGAGCCAUGGAAGAACCCAUCAAGGAGCAGCAAUCCACUCCACUUCCAGGGAAUUCAGCGAGACCCAAGCUUCAGCGCUAUGCUUUGCGAUCGGGGACUAAAUCGAAGGAGGAGAUGCCUCCUGUGCCUGAAUUGUCGAAUCCGCCUUCUUCUGCCUCUAAAAGGGGUAGAACUAUAUCCAGUGUGAGUAAAAGUAUUGGAGUUCUUGAUCUAUCUGCCAAGGACAAGUCGGCUAAACCACCAAGAAGACUGUCAAUUCCGACUAAAAAUGUAAGCCCAACUCGAAAAUUAGUUGGCAACAUUACACCAAUAUCCGAGGUCCGGAGGACUGCGAGGAACCAGGGGAAAAGUGACACUCCUGUUUCUGACGUUUCACGGUCGUCAAGCAGAAAAACAUUCAACAUUCUGUGUUCUACAUCAUAUUGGCUAUCACAGAUCAAGCUCUCUGAAGCUGCUUCUAAGCAUUCGGUGUCACUUGGGUUUUUCAAACUUGCAUUAGAGGCAGGGUGCAAGCCUCUUCACCGAAUGCGUGAUGAACUCAAGGCCUACAUAGAUCGGUGCAAUCUUAAUGCAAGUGAACAAGCAGUGAAAGAUUUGCUUGAAAGCUACAAUGCAGCAGAAGAGACAGAGCAAGUGCAGGUUUCUGAAACCUUUUCUCAGGGGCCUGAAGUGGGAACAAGGUCUUCAGAUGAUGAAGUUCAUAGCUCUUCCUCCACAGUGGAGCCUAGAAAUCUCAAACCAAAAUCCUUAAGCACUGAUGUUACUAAAACUCCCAGGAAUCGGGGCCUCUGGAACAAAAAUGCUGCUCCAAAUUCAACUUCAGAGACAGCGAAAAAACCUGUGAAGAAACCCCAAAGGCCAAACAAGCAAGAACCCAUUCAAGGAAAGGAAAAAUCCAAGAAACAGGUGAAGAAACAGCUCAGCGAGAAAGUUCCAGCCAGCACGAGUCCUGAAGAAGAUUCAGUGCAAUCAAACAAAGAAAAUUUGGAGGCUCCCCAAAUUGAAGUGACAUCGACAGAAGAAGUGAUAUAAAGAUGAGGGAUUCUGUUUGGUUUUUGUAAUUUGUGUGGGUUUUGAAGUGGGGUGAUGAAGUGAAAGUGUCAGCCUUUGUCAUUUGGUGCGUGCUUUCUUCUUGUUAUAAACAUAAUAGUUUAUACAUAUAUAUACAUGAGGCAUUACUAUCAUCAAUUGUACUGGAAUCUAUGGUAGUUGAUUCAUUGUUGCUAAAGCGUUUCAGCU